UUCCCGGAGAAGGUCCUCACGCCCUCGUCCGGCUUUCUCGACUUUGCCAUCAGCAUGCGGCCCGACUACUACCAGGCCAUCAUCGAUACGGUGCGCUACUAUGGCUGGGAUCGGAUCAUCUACAUGUGACGACUCGCAUGACGGCCUGCUGCGGCUGCAACAAAUCUACCAGGGACUGCGGCCGGGGAACGAAACCUUCCACGUCGAGACGGUCAAGCGGAUAGCGAACGUAAGCGAUGCGAUUGAGUUUCUGCGCACCAUCGAGGAGCUGAACCGGUGGUCCCGGAAGCACAUCGUCCUCGACUGUAGCACCGAGCUGGCCAAGGACAUCGUGGUCAGUCACGUCCGGGACAUCACGCUCGGCAAGCGCACCUACCACUAUCUGCUGAGUGGGUUGGUGAUGGAUGAUCGCUGGGAGAGUGAAGUUAUCGAGUACGGUGCAAUCAAUAUCACCGGCUUCCGGAUCGUCGAUACGAGCAAAAAGUACGUCAAGGAGUUUCUUGAUGGAUGGAAGCGAAUAGAUCCGACCACAUCGCAGGGCGCCGGCAAGGAACUGAUCUCGGCCCAGGCCGCCCUCAUGUACGAUGCCGUGUUCGUGCUGGUGGAACCGUUCUCCAAGAUUAUGCGCAAAAAGCCGGACCAGUUCCGGGCGUACACGAUGCGCAAUCGGGGCCAGCCGUUUAAUCUGCCCGCCAACGGGACACGAACGCUCGACUGCAACACCUCCAAGGGUUGGGUCACGCCGUGGGAGCAUGGUGAUAAAAUUUCACGCUAUCUGCGCAAGGUGGAAAUAUCGGGCCUUACCGGUGAUAUUAGGUUCAACGAGGACGGCAAACGCCAAAACUACACGCUGCACGUGGUCGAGAUGACGGUCAACAGUGCGAUGGUGAAGGUGGCCGAGUGGUCGGACGAGGGCGGACUGGCGCCGGUCGUUGCCAAGUACACCCGCCUCAAGACGGACAUGCAUUACGAGCGGAACAAGACCUACAUCGUGACGACCAUCAUCGAGGAGCCGUACAUCAUGCUGCGGCAGCCGGAACCGGGCGAAACGCUCGAGACGAACGAGCGCUUCGAGGGCUACUGCAAGGAUCUGGCCGAGCUGGUGGCGAAAAAACUCGGCAUCAACUCAAAAUUGAACGUUAAACCUCAAUCGAACCUCGUCGUCAAAGGUGACUGAGGCGUCAUUACGAUAAACGGCCGGUCAAACAGAUGAGCUGCCUCAAUACACUCUUCAAAGAGAUCUUGCUAAACAGCCGAGACUAUCUUCCACAAACAAAGACCAGCGAUCCAUCAGAUAUCUGCGCUUGCGGCGGUGUUGCAGCUUCCUUGAUCAACUUGACGACGAAAUGUCAUUAAACAACACGAACGCCAUGCGGUUUGAUGGAUCCUUCUAAAGACCAAUUCUACAAAUUUCCUAUCCCACGCUAAUGCUGUCUUUGCUGCUGCUGCUCUCGCGCUUCUCUUCCAGGUCUGCGUGCUGUUCAGCUACGUCGGUGUCAGAGCAUCGUCCUGUACAUAGUGUCACGCUUUUCACCCUUCGAAUGGCGGCUAGUUAAUUAUAACGACGAACAACUGGACGCAGUGCCACAGGCGACGGUAAAUGAGUUUAGCGCACUGAGCUCGUGACGGUGCGCUUCGGGCGCCUUCAUGCAUCUCACACUGGCUGUGACAUCUCAACAACGCUCGAUCGCAGUGUCGAAUAUUGUACCAUCCAGCACAACCAAUUGGAAUUGCGUCCAUAGUCCAAAUUUGCUGUUCAAAAUGUUUUUCUUAAAAUGUUUUAUUAAGAAGUUGUUACACAAUGGUAGAAGCAUUAUUUCUUGGAAACGAUUUAGAAUAAGCUUUCAAAAAGCUUCCCGGAGCGCCGGUUCAUCACCAAAGCUUAAAUACACAAAAGCUCUCCCACAAAAGUGCAAAAAGGAUGGCUAACGAUGUAGCGAGAUGUUUAAAUUUUAAUAUAGAUAUUUCUUUUAUGCAUGGUUUGAUUAAAUGUGAGAAUUUGACAAUUUAAAAUUAGUUUAUAAAUAAAUAAGUGUUUCAUCAUGUUGAUUAUGUUGAUGGUUUAAGGGAUAUUGAUUUUUCAUUUUUGAUUGCUUGGUAAAUUAUCAAAAGAAAUUCAAAUACAACCGUGAAUUUACCAAUAAAAAGUGAAAUAUUCCAUGAUAUGUCAAAUCCAUUGUUGUAAAUGAUCGAGUUUGAAUGCCGUAAUAAA